AUGCCUGCGUCCGAACACCAUACCACCAGCACGGUGAGCAAAACUGCAGGUCCAACACCUCAUGAUAUGGAGGGGCCGAAAUUGAGCUUUGAUGCUAGAGUCAACUCGGUCUUCCAACCUGAUCAUCCGGAGCUGAUGCACUUGGAACUUCGAGUACAGCACAAGGUGUUGCAAGCGGUGAUUCGUGGCAGUGCCGUUGGAAAGGCAACCUGGGACAUAGCCCAAAAGGUGACUGCCGAGUCCAUCGUGAGGGUCACAGGCCACGUCCUUCAAUCGACCAGUGAUAGUAGUGAAGUCAAUGGCAAUACGAUCGAUACAACCAUUCAUGUGUCGGACCUGGAUGUCAUCGCCUGGGCAUCUCCAAACCUGCCCUUAUCCUCAUGCCACAGAAAGACAAUGUUGUCCCACGUUGGCAUUGAGGAACGACUCACUAAUCGAAUCCUCGAUGUGCGCUUCGCCGCGUCGGGAGCACUCUUCAAGCUCCAUUCAGGUAUGUGCCAACUGGUUGUCGAGUUUCUUUGCUCCCAAGGGUUCCAUUGGAUCCAUACCCCGCGCAUUAUAACUGCUACUGUCCCGGGCGACAACGAGUACUUUCAUCUGCCAUAUUUUGGCAAGGAUGCAUGGCUGGCCCAGAGCUCGCAGCACCACAAGCAGAUGGCUCUUUCUAUGGACAUGCAGCGAGUGUUUGAAAUUGGACCAGUCUUCCGGGCCGAAGUCAAGUCCAGCACAUCUAUGCGGCAUCUGACCGAGUUCACCGUCCUGGAUAUUGCCAUGGCUUUCGAGGACGACUACCAGGAGGUGGUCGACUUGAUUGAAUCCAUGCUGCUAUUCGUUUUCAAGGAACUUCAGGGACGCAAACAGUACAGGCAGCUUAUCGCGCUGGUUGAAGAAAUGUAUCCUGGGGUCCAACCGUUCCGAGUGGGCUUGGAUGAGCAUGGCAAGGUCCCGCGCAUCACCUUUUUGGAGGCCAAGCGCAUCCUGCGGGAGGAGAUUGGCCUCGACUCAGAUGACAGCAAGAACUUUACCGUCCAAGAAGAAGCGGCUCUUGGCCGACACUUCCGCGAGUUUCAUCCUACCAGUACAGACGUCUUCACCAUCACUCAGUACCCGGCAUCUCUGCGCCAGUUUAACUCACAAGCCCACCCUGACGCUCCAGGGUUUUCCAAUACAUGGGACAUCAUCGUCGGUGGACGGGAGAUCUGUUCGGGGAGUCAGCGCAUCCACUCGUACCAGGAGCUGUGCGAAGCCAUGAGGGCGGGGGUGUGUGGCCCGCCGCUGGAUCCCGAGGCCGAACAAUGGCAGCCCUACCUGGCUGCAUUCAAGGCUGGCAUGCCCCCACACGGCGGCUGCGGACUGGGGCUUAAUAGGCUGCUACAGAGUUUCCUCGGGCUGGAUGAUGUGCGUGAGACUACGUUGUUUCCGAGAGAUGUAAAUAGGUUGAGGCCUUAG